CCCCUCCCGCCUGGGCCCGACUGCGCCUGCGCGGCGUCCGCGGUGGCCGGACGGGAAGUGGGCGGGGUCGGCUGGGAGCGGCUAGAGGGCGCCGGGCGGCCGAGUGGCAGAAUGAAGACCAGUGACCCAGCAGCAGCCCCCCAGGAUGCUCUGGGCAUGGCCUCGGGAACCCCACAGCAGAACAGCCAGAAGGCAGAGGAGACCCCCAGCUUCCUGGACGAGCUCCUCCGCGACUUCCCAGCCCCGCUGGGCCCAGAGAGCCCUUUGCCAUGGAAGGUCCCAGGGACGAUGCUGAGCCAGGAGGAGGUGGAAGGCGAGCUGGCUGAGCUGGCCAUGGGCUUCCUGAGCAGCAGGAGCGCUCCGCCACCACUUGCUGCCUGCCUGGCCCACGAGGCAGUUUCCCAGCUGCUGCAGACGGACCUUUCUGAGUUCAGGAAGUUGCCGGAGCAGGAGGAAGAGGAGGCCCCUGUGACCCUGCUGGAUGCUGCGGGCCUGGCGCGGAGCCUCUUUGACCGGCUCUGGGAAGUGUGCAGCCAGUGGCAGAAGCAGGUGCCCGUGGCUGCCCGGGUCCCGCAGCGGCAGUGGCUGGUCUCCGUGCACGCCAUCCGCAACGCCCGCCGCAGGAUGGAGGACCGGCACGUGUGCCUCCCUGCCUUCAACCUGCUCUUUGGCCUAUCGGACUCUGUGGACCGUGCCUACUUUGCCGUGUUCGAUGGCCACGGAGGGGUGGACGCUGCGAGGUACGCAUCUGUGCACGUGCACGCUGUCGCUGCCCACCGACCAGAGCUGCCCACUGACCCCGCGGGGGCCCUGCGAGCAGCCUUCCGCUGCACCGAUGAGAUGUUCCUUUGGAAAGCCAGGCGAGAGCGGCUGCAGAGCGGUACUACAGGGGUGUGCGCGCUCGUCGCCGGGAACACCCUGCACGUGGCUUGGCUCGGGGACUCCCAGGUGGUCCUGGUGCAGCAGGGGCAGGUGGUGAAGCUGAUGGAGCCACACAGACCUGAGCGGCAGAGCCGCGGCUCCCAGUGCUGCCUUGGAACCAGCUGGUCUCCCCUUGGGCAGCACGGGUACGCCAUCGGCACACGCGGCCUACCCGGCCCACCCUGGCUGUCUCCGCAGGACGAGAAGGACCGCAUCGAGGCACUGGGUGGCUUCGUGUCCCACAUGGACUGCUGGAGGGUCAACGGGACCCUGGCUGUCUCCAGAGCCAUCGGGGACGUCUUCCAGAAGCCCUAUGUGUCUGGGGAGGCAGACACGGCCUCGCGGGCGCUGACGGGCUCCGAGGACUACCUGCUGCUGGCCUGCGAUGGCUUCUUCGACGUGGUCCCCCACCAGGAGGUGGCCGGCCUCGUGCAGAGCCACCUGGUUGGGCAGCAGGGCAGUGGGCUGCGCGUGGCUGAGGAGCUGGUGGCUGCCGCCCGGGAGCGGGGCUCCCACGACAACAUCACGGUCAUGGUGGUCUUCCUCCGGGAACCCCGAGACCUGCUGGAGCCAGAGACCGAUGCUGUGCCGAGAAGCUAGGAGGUCCGGGCCCCCCGUCCCCGUGAUCCUCCCCCGCGGAUGCCUUAGGACACGGCAGGAGGUGGGCAGGUGACGCCACUCACGGCCUCUGGCCCUGCUUGCGUCACCCCAUCCUGGUGGCUGCCAGGGGCAUCGCCUGCUCACAGCAGACGGGGUGACAGUGGGAUGGCAGGAUGUCCAAAGGAAGUCCAGGAAGGAGACCUCACGGAGGAGAAGGGGCCCAGGAAGUGGACAGGCUCUGGGCCCCAUCGGGCAGGGAUGGGACCGGAGGCUAAGGCGGCGGCCACAGCCAAACCAAAGACACUGGGCAUGCUUGCAGGGUAGCAGGAUUCUGUGUGUGGGACCUUCGGGCAGAACCAGGAGCCACAGACAUUUUCCAGUGCCUGGGUGUCCAGCAAAGUUUUCCCAUCCACCCCUCACUGCCCGUCACUGGGAGGACUUGUAUGGACCAAUGUUCCUGUCUGGUCCUGGUGCCCAGCAGGUCCUGGCCGAGCCAAGUGGCUUCCCAAGUGGGGAGGGUGGCCUCAUGGGGAAGGGGGAGGCGCCAGGGGUCUGAUCUGCGGUGCCCACUAGUGACCUCCCUGGUUCCCGCUCACCCCUCGUGCACCAGGGAGGGAACCCUCAGACAAAGACACGUGUGUCUUGUUUGUGGGUUUUUUUUUUUUUUCCAGGGAAAAGUCUAAUUCAGAAGCAGUAUUUCAGGUUUUGUCCUUGUUCUGUCAGUGCCAGUAGGACCCGUUGUGUCAUAUAACUUAAGCAGAGCUCAGCACUUAUUUUAUUCCUUAGAAAACUUAAGAAUUGCUUUUUUUUUUGAGAAACUUCUUUUGCAGUAUUACUGGAUUUUUUCCCCCUAGAUCAGGAUUGAAACACACUUUUCCAGGUGGUGUAAAUAAGCCAUUCAAGUGCCUUAAACAGCUCUAGGCGAGGCCGGAACUGCCGGGCCUGUGACGGGUUCUGAUAGCACGUUUCAGUUUUUUCAAAAGCAGGAUUUGUUUUGUCAGAAUGGUAUAAUUCUGGCCAGAAUUCUUCCCGGAAGAGUUCUUUCUGCCUUUGUGAUGCGCCGAUGAGAACGUGGGCUGGGCCUUGGGGCUCUAGAGUCGGGGUGACUGUGGCCCUGCCUCUCACAUCUCUGACUGGACCCCAGGCUGAGGGACUGAGCUCCGCCAGUGGGCAGGUCCUUGCUGCUGUUUGGAAUGUUCCAGAGGUCUUGUGUGUUGGUAGUUGAAUUGGUUUCAACAGGAAACACACCGAAGGGGCUCUGCAAGGCCGAGGCAGCCUGAGGGUCUCCGGCUGUGUUUGGAGGCAGGGGGGAUGCCACGGGGAGUCUGUCCUGCUCUGCCUGUGGGUGGCAGCCUCUGCUGCCUGCUGGCUCCCAUUGAGUGGGUGUAGGGUUGGAAGCGCAGGGCCGGGCAGGGGCUCCAGGCAGAGGUCAGGGCCCAGGGAGAGGGGUACUUGGUGGGAGGACCUGGGCUCCCUGUGGUGGGCAGGCUGCCACAGGCAGAGGCUAGCAGGUCUGGGAAGGGCAGUGGGUGGCUUAGCUGAGGCUUUAGAGGAUGUCACUGAGGGGGCUUGGUGCCGGGUCCCUGAGGCUGCAGGGUCCCAUGGAGGCGGUCAGAGUCCACCUGCAGUAGGAGGGCCCAGGAAAGGCUAUGCAGGGCGCACCGUGAUCCCGGCUGCACUGAGGGAGCCUCUGCCCCCCUCACCCAGGGAAGGGAGGGCAGUGAGAGCCCCUCCUAAGGCCAGUCCCCAGGAAGCAGCGGGACGCCACCUGCAGGCUCAGCGUCGUCCCCUCCUUCCCAGCAGGGAUGCAGCGGCUGAGACCACGAGCUCAGGGGCUCCUGGUAGAAAGCAACUUUAGCAUGGUCACAAUUCAGAGAGCAGCUUUGGUGGCCCAGUGAGCAGAUGUUGCUCUGUCUAACCUGAAUGCCCCACCUUCUGGGAGCCAGAGGCCCCCUCGUUGGCCCCUCCCAGGACAGGGAUCAGCCAGCCCUCAGGUUGGGGUGGGGGCCCGAGGGAGCCCUGCCUCGUGCAACACCUGGGCACUGAGCCAUCCUCCCCUCUGGACUGGGCACUUUCAGCCUCUGCGAGUCCUGGCCCACUUCCUCUUCAGGUCACAGUCCCAAGAGGGCCACUAGCCAGGGACACUGAUCUGGAAACCUCCGUCGCCUCCUCAAGCCUCAGCUUUGUCACUCGGUCAUUAUCUUUGUGCGUCCCUGGGCCUCAGUGUCCCCUCUGUACUGAGUCUGUUGCACUGAGUCUGUGCAGCCGCCACUGGAAUUCUGGAGGUGCUGGGCAAACUGGGGCGUCUUGGGGCGAUGCUGCCAGGGCUAAGGGCCCCUCCCCCCACCAGCAGGGAGGGGUGAUUAAGUAUUAUUAGUAUCUAUUCUUAACAGUAAGUGGGCUGGGGAAGAAUCAAGCUACUGAUGCCAGUGCCUUCCUUAUAUGGAAAACAAAAGCCAGAGCUAUUGAGCCCUGCUUUCACAGGUGGGGCGGCUCCCAGGCAGCAGGGGUGGGGGAGGCCCACGAGAGGGGCCAGCGCCAGUGCUGAAAUCCCAGGGGGAAACACGGCCUCCCUGACCCAGCCCACCCUCAGCAUCCAGGACUAGGAACUGGUGUGUUUCAAGGGGGAAGAGCAACCGGGGGCAGGCCUCACAGGAGAAGCACAGGCUGUCUGUCUGGGGUCCUGGGUCACCUUCUAGUGACCCCUGUCCUCCUUGGGCCAUCAUGCGGCCCCACCAUUGCCCCUUCCCCUGCAGCUAGAGUUCCACCGUGGACUCAGGUGUCCUGGCCACGUCUGCAGUAUUCAGAGGGUGGGGGUAUAGCUGCGCUGCUCCUGGGCCUGGCCCCGACCUGAGCCAAAUGGAGACCAAGUGGGCCUUUGCAGAAUGAGCUCUUGGGUUUGAUUCUGGCGGCAGCCCCAAGCGGGCAGCCCCGGAGGCCUGCACUCUUCCCCAAGGCUCCACAGCUUUGCUAAAUGCACCUGCAGCCUUGCCGAGGGUUUAUCCAUGCACAUCUUGGUGCGCUUCCUGGAAGUGGUGUUCUGUGCGAGGAGGUCUUGUUCCCAGACAGGGUGGCUGUUUCCCCAUCCAAGGGACAAGUCCCAGGGGCCUCUGUGCUCGUGUCAAUAAACCACAAGCUCUGAACCCCA